AAAAAAUGGGACAAGAAGACAAAAUUGCAGAAGUAAGUAGAGCGCACGGGACGGAUAAUGUACUCGAUAAAUUGGAGAAUGAGAUUGGGAUGGAAGUUGUUGAGGAUGAUACCGUCGGUAAGUAUGGAAGUGUGUUUUAUUCAGAUAGUUUCGGGAGUGACAUAGGGUCAGUGGGUGUGCGAAGUGAGCUAGGAAUGGAGAAAAAAUGGGCGUGUGGGAGGGGGAAGGAAUGUGCAAUUCAGGUAUAUGAUGAAAGUACAGCAAAAAAUGGCGAGGAGGAAGGGAUAUGGAAGGGAGAAGACAAUGGUGAGUGUGGGAAAAAUCAAGAGGAGCGAGAGAUAGGACAAAUAAUUGACAAAAAGCGGCAAAUGAACAAUGACGUGUGUGGGAAGGUGCCUAAAACGGAGAGAACAGACAGUAUAGAUACCGAUAGGAGCGAUGGAGCAGCUGACAAUGAGUAUAGUGGAGCGCCUAAAGGAGUAGUGAUAUCUGAGAAAGAAGUGUGUGCUGAAAGUAAACAACCAAAGCGACAAUCGGUCGAGAAUAGCGAUGAGGGCGAUGCCCAUGCUGCUAGCAGUAGAGUCUGUGAAAUGAGUCGAUUCGUGCGGCGCGUAGUGUCCAAUGUGAGCGGGAAAACUAAAAUAGCGCCAGGAAAUGAUCGGAUCGCUGAUCACAGGUUCAGAAGCAAGUUUAAAGUCGAGCAUAUCACGUUUAAAAAUUAUCAGGAUAAAUUCAUACGCUACGAUGAUAUUUCGCCUGUUGAGAAGUAUGAGCUAUACCGCUAUGCGGUAUUUAUGCUCUCCUCCGCUGUGUCUGGGAACAAACUCUCGUUUCUCAAAAAAAUGAUGAAAUUUGGGAAUGAAGAUAGGACAGAGACGAGCCACAUACACCCGUUCAUAUUCAAAAUCAUGGAUUUUAUAAAAACAAAGCGCGCUAAUUAUCACGGCAUAUUCAGGUGCUCAGGUGACUACCGCGCGAGUCUGCUUUUGUAUGACAGGUUCAUGGCUGGUGAAACGUUCGAUCUCGAUACCACGGAUGUGAGGAACACAGUUGCAUUUUUCAAGAUUUACCUGAAGAAAAAGGUGAAUGGAAUUUUCUCAUUCGAUAUACUUGACUCGCUGUAUGAGACUGCCAAGCACAAGUCGUCACCAUCUAUCAACUAUUUGCUUUUUUAUCUCCCGUUUUGCUUUGUCGGCGAUAAAAGGAAGUUUCUUAUAAGCUUGAUAGAAAUGUUCAAAGAGAUUGAUCAGCACAAAGAUGAGAACGACAUGCCCAUUCCCAACCUGGUGCGGUGCAUAGCUCCUUCUCUGUUUCCCGAUACUCGGCUCAAAAGUAUCGAGACUGUGUUCUACCAGGCGUGGGCGGUGCAGAAGCUGUUUGAUAUUGAUUUAGUCAAGGUGCCUAAGCCUUUAUUGGAGUUCUCACACGUUUAUGUGGUAGAAAAGAGCUCUUUUUCGAUCUGCUAGUGAAGGUGGUGAAUCAGAGGUAACGCAGUACAUUAGGCUAGAGUUUGAAAGAGUGAGCAAAUAUCUCGAUUAUUAUUUGCAUUGUAUUCGCAUACAAAGCUUCUAAAAUGCUCGGUUUAUUACCAGUGUCUCGCCUAUGACGGGUUGUAAUGCGCCAAAUACUUGUGAAUGAUAAAUUUGAGCAGGUGUCAGAGUAAGGCUGAUCCAUCGGCCUAACUUUAUUAAAGUACUUUCAUUAAUCCGAGCAAGUAAAACGAUUCUGCAUUGUUACUUAAGUUUGAUGUAUUUGGUGUUAAUCAUUGGUGCACUAGAUCAGAAACACCGGGUUUUCCAUUAUCAAUUGCUAAGUAAAUACAAGC